AACAGAGCAAUUAAUAAAAGGAAGAGCUCUAACAAACAAACCCAUGAAAUGACUAACUUGGUGUGAUCAGAAUUCAAACCAAAGAAUGGUGGGGCUGUAACUCUAUUCCAUUCUCAUGGCACCAUCAUCGCCUCCGCCGUCCGACAAUUCCGACGCCGAGGGCCGUCUCCGCGAAGCGGAGGAGCGCCUCCGUGACGCCAUCGAGGAGCUCCAGCGGCGGCAGCGCCGGGCCGCCGCUCAUGCUCAGCACCACCUCCGUGUGGAAUCGCCUCCCUGCGAUCAUGGCCCCGACGAAUCAUGCGUCGCUCACGCCAUUGGCAACCUCUGUCAGACCUUUCUUCUCUCCUAUGGCGUCAGAGUCGGCAUUGGUAUACUUCUCCGCGCCUUCAAGCUCGUUCGGAGGCAGUCCUACUCCUCUCUCCUCGAUCUCAAGCAACUUGUUUCAGAGAAAGAUCUAAUAGUAAGGGAAGAAGCAUGCCGAAUUGGUUUACUUUUUGGUGGUUUCACUGGAUCUUAUCAUGCUCUUAGAUGUUUGUUGCGUAAAUUGAGAAAGAAAGAGACACCACUUAAUGCAAUUUUAGCAGGUUCAAUAGCUGGUUUUUCAAUUUUGGCGUUGAAUGAUUCAAAUAGGAGACGUACACUGGCUUUGUACCUGUUGGCUAGGCUGGCCCAGUGUGCUUAUAACUCUGCAAAGUCUAAGAACAAGUUUCACCUUUGGGGGAGUCAUUGGAGGCAUGGAGAUUCAUUGCUGUUUGCUAUUGCUUGUGCUCAGGUUAUGUAUGCCUUUGUUAUGCGUCCGGAGAGCUUGCCAAAAUCCUAUCAAGAAUUCAUUCAGAAAACUGGGCCAGUUGCAGAGCCUGUGUACAAGGCUGUGAGGGAUAGCUGUAGAGGUCAUCCAGUUGAUGUUACUUCACUACAUACCUACUUAUCUCAUGCAGGAAGGUCUGACUAUGUAAAGUUGGAAGAAUUUCCCUCUAUUAUUCCAUGUUCCAUCAUUCAUCCCGAAACAAAUUCAUGUUUAGCCCAUCAAGUAAAGGCAACUUCAACAACGUUCAAGAAAACAUUCCCGCUUUACUUUUCUUUGACCUUUGUGCCUUUUGUUGUUCUGCACCUACAGAAGUUCACUGAUGCUCCUUUCCGUACUUUCUGGCUUGCCAUCAACGGAGGUGUUCGCUCGACAGCUUUUUUGUCUGCUUUUGUUGGAAUCUUUCAGGCAGUCAUAUGUUUACAUAGAAAAGUUUUUUCUAGAGAUCACAAGAUGGUAUAUUGGAUAGCAGGUGGAAUAUCUGCCCUAUCUGUGCUACUGGAGAAAAAAGCUAAGCGUGGUGAGCUAGCUUUAUAUGUUCUUCCCAGAGCAGGAGAUUCACUAUGGUAUAUCUUGGUGAACAGGCACCUCCUUCCAAAUAUCAGGAACGCUGAGGUUUUCUUGUUUUCAGUGUGUAUGGGAGGAAUAAUGUAUUACUUGGAACACGAGCCAGAAACCAUGGCUCCAUUUCUGAGGGGCCUGAUCCGUCGCUUCCUUGCGAGCAGAAUCAGCAAUCCAAGCCCACCAUCUAAUCGGACUGCUUCCUACGCAUACCUGCAAGCUCUUGAUGGCAUGACACCGCCAACAUUACAGGAGAAGAGGGAUACUGAAUCUGAAUCUUCCGAAAAGUACAAUCUUGAAUCUAUUCCUGGGCUUUAACGUUGUUUUUUUUAGGGUUGGGAAGGGGUAGUCUCCGAACUAAUGUUUCUUAUAUUAGGUUAUAGAUUAUCCUUGUAUUGGGAGCUAGUUCUGUUAGGUUCCUCAUUUUUUAUUGAUUGCCAAUGAAGGUGCUCUCAAUAUUUAGGUGUU